AUGGCACAGUUCUCGGGAAAGGGCAAAGAAAGAUGUAUUUAUGACAGUAAGCACAGACACAGACCGGGCCCGGACAGGAAGCACAGACCCAGACUGGGCCCGGACAGGAAGCACAGACACAGACCGGGCCCGGACAGGAAGCACAGACCCAGACUGGGCCCGGACAGUAAGCACAGACCCAGACCGGGCCCGGACAGUAAGCACAGACCCAGACCGGGCCCGGACAGUAAGCACAGACCCAGACCGGGCCCGGACAGGAAGCACAGACCCAGACCGGGCCAGGACAGGAAGCACAGACACAGACCGGGCCCGGACAGUAAGCACAGACCCAGACCGGGCCAGGACAGGAAGCACAGACACAGACCGGGCCAGGACAGGAAGCACAGACCCAGACUGGGCCCGGACAGGAAGCACAGACACAGACCGGGCCCGGACAGGAAGCACAGACCCAGACUGGGCCCGGACAGGAAGCACAGACACAGACCGGGCCCGGACAGUAAGCACAGACCCAGACCGGGCCCGGACAGUAAGCACAGACCCAGACCGGGCCCGGACAGGAAGCACAGACCCAGACCGGGCCAGGACAGUAAGCACAGACCCAGACCGGGCCCGGACAGUAAGCACAGACCCAGACCGGGCCAGGACAGUAAGCACAGACCCAGACCGGGCCAGGACAGGAAGCACAGACACAGACCGGGCCCGGACAGUAAGCACAGACCCAGACCGGGCCAGGACAGGAAGCACAGACACAGACCGGGCCAGGACAGUAAGCACAGAUCCAGACCGGGCCCGGACAGGAAGCACAGACCCAGACCGGGCCCGGACAGUCAGGACCGAGUCAAAGUUCCGGCUCUCCCACGGAGGAGAUUUCACGGCUUCCACUGA